GUGAGGCUGGAAGGGGUUAACGGUGGCCGGGUUUGCCCCGCUCCCCUCCCAGGGCCCAUUCGGGUCUGAGCCCGGCGCCUGCCAAGGGUUAACCCGGCCCGGGCUGUUCAAACACCUCGGCUGAGGUAAGCGCCGCUUGUUUGUUCAGGUAAAUAAGGAAGGAAUUGGAUAUAAUGGGCAAAGGAGGCUCUGGCUGAGCCGUGACACUCGCUGCCGGGUCCCCCUCGCAGGCUCCGUCCCUCUGCCGCCCUCGGAGCCGCCCGGGGUGCCCGGGGCCGGUCCCGGUCCCUGUCCCUGUGCCCCUCCCGUCGGUGUCCGCCCAGAGCCGAUGUGGCUCAGCCCGGCCGUGCUGCCGCCGCGGGGCCGGCGCUGAGCCGGGCAGGAGCUGCCGGACAGUGCCGGGCCCCCCCCUCGGGGCCAUGCCCCCCACAGCCACCGCUCCGAGCACCACGGGGAUGGCUCUUCCCACCCUGCACCGGGACCCAUGUGGAUUGUGAGCUGCCCGCGCACCCUCCAGGUUUGGAGCCGGUGCUGAGCGGAGGGAUGGGCAGUGCCAGCCCCGGGCUGACCACUCUGCCCCCCGGCCGCCUCGCCUGGCCGGACCCUGCGCCGCUGCCGCCGCCCCGGGACCCCGGACCCCGGAGCUGGGGCUGCCCAGAGAGCCCCAGCCCCCCCGGCACCCCCGAGCAGCCCCUGCCCGCUUUCUGCCUGCACUACUUCGACAUGCUCUACCCCGAGGACGUGGCCUGGGCCACCAAGGGCGUGGGGGAACCGUCCCCCGGCGGCGCCCAGGGCAGGCAGGAGGAGGCGCGGAAGGAGCCGGAGCAAUGUCCCAUCAUCGACAGCCAGGGCUUGGGGCUGGGGCCCGAGGGGGACCUGCAGGCCAGCCUGCCCCUGGAGGAGCACUCGCUGGAGCAGGUGCAGAGCAUGGUGGUGGGAGAGGUGCUCAAGGACAUCGAGACGGCCUGCAAGCUCCUCAACAUCGCCGCAGACCCCACGGACUGGAGCCCCGGGAACGUGCAGAAGUGGAUCCUGUGGACGGAGCACCAGUACCGGCUGCCGCAGAUCGGGAAGUCCUUCCAGGAGCUGUCAGGGAAGGACCUGUGUGCCAUGUCUGAGGAGCAGUUCUGCCAGCGCUCGCCUGCCUGUGGUGACAUCCUGCAUGCCCACCUCGACAUCUGGAAGUCUGCCGCCUGGAUGAAGGAGAAGGCUACCCCUGGAGAUGUGAGAUACUGUGGGGGUGACUCCAGCUGGGCUGACAGCGAGGUGGACUCGUCCUGUGCUGGGCAACCCAUCCACCUCUGGCAGUUCCUCAAGGAGCUGCUGCUGAAACCCCACAACUACGGGCGCUUCAUCCGCUGGCUCAACAAGGACAAAGGCAUCUUCAAGAUCGAGGACUCGGCGCAGGUGGCCCGGCUGUGGGGCAUCCGCAAGAACCGCCCGGCCAUGAACUACGACAAGCUGAGCCGCUCCAUCCGGCAGUACUACAAGAAAGGGAUCAUCCGCAAACCCGACAUCUCCCAGCGCCUCGUCUACCAUAAAUCCGGAUUGUGACCCGCUGAGGCUGGACUGGGACAGAGAGCUGGGGAUUGCUUCACCUGUGCCUUGCACCACAGUCAGAGUUACCUGGAGAUGCUGAUCUUUUAUAUUAUAGGUUUUUUAUUUGUUUAUUUACUUUUUGGUUUUGGCUGGCGGCGAAUUGUGGUUUAGGUUCAAAUGCCGAGGGGUGGCCCGUGCUCCUGGGAAUGCUUUGUGGGAGCUUAAGAGGAAAAACACCUGGUUCUUGGUAUUUUGUUUUUACCUUAAAA